CACACACACACACACACACACACACAACAACAACAACACACAUUUAUCUAUAUAAAUACAUAUAUAAUUGAUAAAAGUGUUAUAGACGCGUACUAUAGCUCUGCAUAUGGGUUGGGUAUCGACCAGGGUAGUGUAUUUGACUUGAACGGUUCUCCGUCAACUGUUUCAAACUGCGACGAUGUCGUCCAAAAAGAAUAAAAAUGCGAAAGCGCAUAUAUACGGCCAGAAGAAUAAACCCUUCUUAGAGGAAAAGAACAAGAUGCUGAAGCUAUACAUGGUGCAUUCAGAGGUUGGGUCACAGCAAGUCACCACAUUGCUUCGGUUUAAAAAAUUAGAGCACGAGAAAGUUAGCAUCGAUAUAACCAAACCAAGGCCGGACUGGUAUUACGCUAUGAUGCCUUCAGGCUUAGCUCCCUGCCUUUCAACUAAGGAGGGAUCGACCCUGUACGAUCCCGUGGUAAUAUUGGAGUUCCUUGAAGAACGGUAUCCAGGCCCCAAAUACCCCUCGGCUUGGCCCAGUGAUCCAUUAAGGAAGGCGAAUGCAAGGAGGCUUAUACGUAUAGCUGACGAAUUCUAUGCUGCAUUAAAUGCCAUAGUAUUAAACCAGAUCGAGUCCGACCGCGAGAGCUUGCUACAAGCAUAUCUCUCCAUAUGGCGCCGUAUCGAUGAUUUUUUGAUCAGACAUAACCCUAAAGGCACUUUCUUGUUCGAUGACGUGGGCUCAGGGGGCUUUGGAUUACCCGAAAUAGUGUUUACGCCUAUGUUCGAGACCAAUUGGUUAGUCGAGUACUAUGAAGAUUUUCAAGUCCCUGACACACUCGAGUACGCGCGAGUGAUGAAGUGGCGAGAUGCUUGCCUGAAUCACAACAUGUCUUCAGUAGUGUGCAAAGAAGAAAUUAGUAAAUUGUGGUACGAUGCCGCUAAAGGCGUGCCCAUGGGAGAGCCCAACCCGGAUACCACACGGCAGUACUCGAGUUAUGCCAUGGAGCCACACUGGACUUCGCGACCAAUGCCGAACAAAGACAAGUAUAAUUAUAGUUGUACGGAUGACGAAUUAGGACUCAUACCAAAAGUCUCAUCGGCGAGGCAUUCACCGAUGCCCUCGCCCAAUGUCCCUAGAGGUGGGGUAUCCCCAAUACCUAUCAACCAGCUGAAUCUUCAAUAAAAUAUAGUCUUGUACUGCAUCUGUGAUACUAUUU